CCACAGCAGAGCUCAGAGAAACCUGUGGAGUCAACCGAGGAGACGGCAUGGUGAAGUUUGCACCCCUGUCCGUGCCAUGGGAGCGCAGACUGCAGACCUUUGUGGUUCUGCAGUGGAUUUUCUCCUUUGUGGUCCUGGCCCAGAUCUGCAUUGCUGUCUUCAUAGGCCUCCUGUUCACAAGAUUCUGGAUCUUCAGUGUCCUAUAUGCAGUCUGGUGGUACCUGGAUCUAUCCAAGCCGUGGAGGGGGGGCAGGCGCAGUGAGGCCUUAAGGCGCUGCAUCAUAUGGAGGUACAUGAAGGACUAUUUCCCCAUCUUGCUGGUCAAGACUGCCCAUCUGGACCCCUCCCGGAACUACCUCGCUGGCUUCCACCCCCACGGGGUCCUGGCCACUGGAGCUUUUACCAACCUGUGCACAGAGAGCACCGGGUUUUCCUCACUCUUCCCUGGCAUCCGCCCACAUCUGAUGAUGCUGAACUUGUGGUUCUGGACUCCUUUCUUCAGGGAUUAUAUCAUGUCAGGGGGGCUGGUCCCCGUAGACAAGGAGAGCGCCGCUCACAUUCUGAGCAGGGAAGGAGGCGGUAACCUCAUGGCCAUCAUUGUUGGGGGCGUCCAGGAGGCACUGGAUUCCAGGCCUGGAGGCUACAAGCUGGUGCUGCGGAACCGCAAGGGCUUCAUCAGGCUUGCCCUGAUGCACGGGGCAGCUCUGGUACCUAUCUUCUCCUUUGGGGAGAAUGACGUAUUUAAGCAGGUUGAGAACUCCCCUGGCUCCUGGGUGCGCUGGUUCCAGGACCGACUUCAGAAGAUUGUAAGAGUCUCCAUCCCGCUCUUCUAUGGCCGUGGAGUCUUCCAGUACAGCUUUGGUCUUAUGCCCUACCGCCGGCCCAUCACCACCGUGGUGGGGAAGCCCAUCGAAGUGCAGAAGACACCACAUCCCUCCCAGGAGGAGGUGGACAGGCUGCACCAGCGCUACAUGAAGGAGCUGGAAAACCUCUUCGAAGCCCACAAGCUCAAGUACAACGUCCCCAGAGACCAACACUUGGAGAUCUGCUGAACACCUCCCCAGAGAAGGGGCUCCUCCAAAGGGCAGUGCUGGCAUUAGGGAGGAUGGAGGAAGGUGCUGUGAUCCCAGAAGGCUUCCUGGAGGUGUCUGUUGAACACAGCUCCAGAGCCUCCCCUGACUCCUGCAGCUCCACCCCACGCCAGGCCCUGGGUCACAGCUGGCUCCUUGGCAGAGGAGACCGGGCUCUGGCGUAGGUGACUUGCUCUCCUGCGCUGACUCCUCUGUAGUUGGCCCUCUCCUUCAUUCUGCCCACCUGAGAAGUGGGAGAGGAUGAUGUCUGUGUCUCCGUCCUCUGCGGUCCUGUCACUCAAUGGGCAGGACAAGAGCAGCUCCAGUUAGCAGGUUUCUCUGCCUCUGCCUUGAGUGACAGCACAGAAGCAGCCCCAGCUGCUACAAGCUCCCCCAUCCUGCAUUCUGCCUGUCCCAGCUCCUCCCUCCCUGAGAUGAAGAGGAGGGCGAGGCCGCAACCCCCUGACUUAUCCUGGCACCUUCAAGUUUCUGAGUCCUCUGAGCCCCAGAGUGGCAGCCAGAGGGGCCGGAAAGUGGGGAAGGAGACUGUAGCUCUAUCACUGGCUGAAUGACCAUGGCAGUCCUCUUCACCUUCCCUCUGGGUCUCAGUUUCCCCCAGGGACUAAGAUGACCUCUGACCUCAGCUGUGAUGUCACAUUGGCUGAGAGCUCCAUGAGUCAGCCGCUGUUCCUCCUUUGUAACUUCAGCCCUGACCUUGACACAGAAGGGAGCUCCAUAAAUGUCAAUUCAUC